AUGCCAGAGAAAGAAAACCAAGGAGAGAUUAUGUGGCCUAGAUUGGUGGCAAACAAGCUGCUGAGGCGGCCUGUCGGUGGUAACUCAUUUGUUACAGACAUCCCAUGCUCCCAGACACCGUUCGAGUUCAUCGAUUUCGACCAACUGGUGAUCCCAAAGCAGCUAUAUGGUGCUCAAAAAGACACCAGGAGAUACAAACUAUUUGUUAGCACUUGGAAUGUUGGCGGAAUUCUGCCUACAGAGGAUGUGAACUUGGAGGAUUGGCUGGACAUAAACAACUACUAUGAUAUCUACGUGUUGGGAUUUCAAGAAGUCGUGCCACUCAGCGCGAAGAAUGUGCUGGGCAAGGAGAAGAGGAGGAUCCUUGUACAGUGGAACUCGCUGAUAAGGAGGACGUUGAACAGGUCUUCAUGUGGCCUUGAAGGAGGAAGAGAAGGGAAAGCAGGGGAGAGGCAAAAGGUGCACCCGGUCAAGGAAGGCAGCUCCAAGUGCGGAUUUGUCAGGGAUUUUCGCUGCAUUAUAAGUAAGCAGAUGGUGGGCGUUCUGGUGUCAGUGUGGGUGCGCCGUGAGCUGCAGUGCUACCUUCGCCACCCAGGGGUCUCUUGCAUUGGCUGUGGCAUCUUGGGAUGCCUUGGAAACAAGGGCGCUAUCUCAGUGAGGUUUUUCUUGCAUGAGACGAGCUUCUGCUUCGUGUGUUGUCAUCUGGCUUCAGGGGGAAAGGAAGGAGACAAGAUGAACAGGAACUCAGACGCCGUGCAGAUUCUCUCAAGGACCAGCUUCCCUCGAGGUCCCUCCCUUGAUUUGCCACAAAAGAUAUUAGAUCAUGAACGAGUGGUCUUGUUUGGUGAUUUGAAUUAUAGAAUUUCUUUGCCUGAGGCCACGACGAGAUCCUUGGUAGAGGAUGAACAGUGGAACACGUUGCUCCAGAAAGAUGAGCUCAGAGCAGAGGUCUCCAAAGGAAGGGCGUUUGAAGAUUGGCAAGAAGGUGGCAUAGCAUUUUUCCCUACGUAUAAAUACUACCCAAACUCCGAUAACUACCACGGAUUCAUUCAAGGCCAAAAAGGCGAGAAAAGACGAGCUCCGGCAUGGUGUGAUAGAAUUCUCUGGCAUGGUGAAGGAAUAAAGCAAGAACGAUAUGAUCGGUGCGAGUCCAAACUCUCCGACCAUCGGCCAGUGCGAGGAACCUUCACUGUCAAUGUUGAGGUCCUCAGGAGUUUUAACUCGCUGAGAAGCUUCUUCUCGGAAAGGUUUCACUCGGAAAGAAGUCAUUUAUUUGAGAAAGAUGGUUACAGUAGUGCUGAAAGAACAAGCCUUCAUGUACAUAAUACUCUAUAGCUUUCAGCUACCUUAUACA